UCUCUCUCAGCAGAUGGACGGUGGGUGGUCAGGGAAGGGUUAAGUGCUCGGGUCUAUAAACUCUGCUUAAAGAGUCUGCUGGAAGCUACUGGUUCAGCCUUUAAAUACAGUCAUUUGACACAUCCCAACAGGGGCUUGUAGCAGAGAGCAGCUGCUGACCCAAACGCAGGCUUUCAGUCGAGCUGAGGUGUCGGCGUCACACUGCUUUGGACAGCAUGAAGGCUCUCUUGUUCACCUGUGUGCUGGUGCCUUGGCUGGUGGCGGCCUCAGCCAGGAGAUCUGACGAGGACUCACAGCUGAUAUCGGGAUCUGUACCUGGCAGGGAGCUGAACGGAUACUUCACUGACCACUUGAAAUCAAGGAGGGCCAGGAGGGCGCUGCCUCUUGCUGAUGAACCUGAUGACGGCCCAAUCGACCAGGGAGGAGACGCCUCUGACCUGCCCACCUGCCUGCUGUGUGUGUGUCUGACUGGUUCAGUGUACUGUGAAGAGGUCAGUCCAGACAUGACCAGCGUCCCCACCUUGCCUAAAGAGACGGCGUACCUGUAUGCCCGCUUCAACAAGAUCAAGAAGAUCAGCACCAAAGAUUUUGAGGGCAUUGUGACUCUGAAGCGGAUUGACCUGACAGGGAACAUGAUCUCAGAGAUUGAAGACGGGGCGUUCUCUAAGCUGACCCUGCUGGAGGAAUUGACUCUGGCUGAGAACAAACUGGUCAAACUUCCUAUGCUUCCUGCCAAACUGAAAUCUUUCAACGCUAACUAUAACCUCCUCCAAACCAAGGGUGUCAAAGCAAACACCUUUAAGAAAAUGACCACGCUGGCCAACCUGUACCUGGCUGACAACCAGCUGGAAGCUGUUCCACACAUCCCAGACAAUGUCCGGAUCUUACAUCUACAGAACAACAACAUCACUGAGGUCACCGUAAACACCUUCUGCAGGGCCAAUGACACCUACUACCUACGACCUAGCCUCAGCGAUGUCCGUAUGGACGGAAACCCCGUGGUGCUGUCCAAGUACCCCGACAGCUUCACCUGUAUGAAGGUACUGCCUGUCGGACGGUAUCGCUGACGAGGCAGACAUUUUACUGUAGCCCCUUUGUUGCUGAUGGAGCAGCUUUCCCACAACAAAGUGCGAGGGGGAUACCUUGACGUUCUGGAUUUUGGGGUGCUGGUCCCAUGGCGGGGAUAAAAGUGUCAAUGUUUUUACUUCAGCAAAUCUACAAACAGUUUGUGACAUUGUCAGGUCGAAAUCAAACCAUUCACUGCACUGAAGGUGUAGAAUUGAGGGAGUUUCUCUACUCUGGUCUUUUUCAGUUCUACUGAUUGGUGAGGAGUUCCAGCCAUUUAACCGUUUGGCAGGAAGUUGCACACGAGUUGUUAAGAGCUACAGUCACAUGAAUUAGUUCAAAAUCACCUGAGAAACGGCGUGAAGACCUCAAUAUGCUUCAAACAAACUGGUUUGUCUGAUCUCGUCAAAAAUCUGCUUUUCUACUCGUUAUGCAUUUCCUCACUAGAAGGCAGGAUGUAGUCAUAGCCUCCUUUUUGCUGUGUCCUCAGAAUCAUGACGUAGUCUUGACACGUUAAAUCGUACAAGUGGGGAAAACAACACACACUUACAGACACAUUUCACCAAGAAAAGUGAUGAAAGAGAUUGAGAAAGAAUUUACACCACACCUACUUCCACACCGCCACACACCUGGCAACUACAGCAUAAAGUGUGUCCAAUGCAGCCUUUGACUCCCCCGUUGCAGUGAGGGCGUCAGAUGCUGUUAAUAACUUGGACAAGCACCUCGUUUGAAGCAUAAUGAAGCCUUGACAAUGGAUCUGUAAAUGAUUAAUAACCGAAAAAAGAUUGAGGCCACCUGCUCAGAAAACACCUCAGAUGAUGUGCCUUCUGAACGUCCUUUCAACUGGUGGUGUGGAACUGAUGUGACCCUUCAAAUGAGUGGGAGGAGUCAACACCUCUACAACCAGAGUCCAAUGUAUAGUUUCAUUUUGACCUGACACUGUACGACCUACAUGAAUGAGACUAAACAAACUGCUGGUGACUUUGAACCAACACACACACACACACACACGCACGCACACUAGUAACUACCUGUAUUUUAAAAAACAAACUUUUUGUUAAACAAAUUUUAAAAUAGACAUUUUUUAACAGUUUCAUUUGGAGAGACGUCUGUGAAAGAACACAUGGCUGAAGUGCAGUUUUUGAUCACGUGUAUUAAUGUUGUUGCAUGCUUCAUUUGGCCACCACUGAAUGGAAAUGUUGAAAUGUCACCAUUUUAGAUGUUUUUGGAUAAAUCACAUUCCAAUAUUAGAUUUUUGUAGUUAACAUUUGAGUCUUGGAGACAGUAAGAUAUUGCAGUAUCUUUUUAAACCUCGUCACAUGACAGUCAGACGUUUCUGAAGUGGCACUUAAAGGAAGUUGUCUGUGAGCGUAGUUAUUAUUUCUCAUACAUCAUAUGUUGCUUUGAGACUAUAGAUCCCAGCUGACUUAGACAGCUGACACACACUAGAUUGUCCUGACAUACAAAGACAGUCUGUAUAUACUUUUCUCUCAGAAAAUGACUAAAAUGAACACAACCCUCUGGGUUUUGCUCGGCUAUUGUGUGAAUUUAUUUCACUUUUAAUUACUCCAUUAAAAGGCCUCUCUAUAAAGGUCAAUGGCCAUGUAGACUUGUUCAUCUGCAGGCUUUCUUAAGUGUUUUGUGACUUAGCUUCACUUUGUUUUUUAAUUUAUAGACUCCGGGUUGAAGUGAACUGGGAAACAAUGUAUCUAUGAACUAUAGUAAUGUGAAAGUUACUCCUUUGUAUUUUGUCUGCUUUUAAAAUGUCUCGCUUGUGUCCCUUACUCUUCCCCUCCAGUAAUAAAGAUUACUUAUAAAUUAUUACUGAUGUGAAUAAGACAGUCGUGUACAGGAAGAGGUGUAUGUGACAUGGAUAUUAAUAAAG